AUGGGAAAGAGAUCAGCAAAUAAAGAUGUCGAACUGAUUAAAAAAACAUCGCAUUUGUUAAAACACGAGAGAUUAAAUAAUAAACAAAAAGAAGCGUAUACGUUACACAGUAGAAAAUUUACAAAAUAUAAACGAUUACCUAUUAAUAUAUAUAGCCGUAAUGCACAGUGGAGUAUUGAUUUAGCAGAUUUGAAUAAUUUAUCAAGAUUUAAUAACCAAUAUCGUUACUUACUUGUGUGUGUUGAUAUUUAUUCCCGUUAUGCUUUUGUACGACCAUUAAAGACAAAAACGGCUCGAAAUGUGGCGAAUAAAUUUGAAGAUAUACUUAUAAAAGAAAAAGAAAUUCCUUUAAAAAUUCAAAGUGAUGAGGGGACAGAAUUUACGUUGAUUAAAAGGGAUUUGUGUAAGAAAUAUGGUUUCACACUUUUUCACACUUACAAUCGGGAAACAAAAGCCGUACAUGCCGAACGAUUUAUUGAAACCCUUAAGCAGAGUAUUAUGCGGUCAAUGACCGGAUUAGAUCAAGGUCAUCGAUACAUAGAAAAUCUGAAAUUGAUUAUUGAGCGAUAUAAUGAAUCGCCACAUAGAGGAAUAUAUAAUCUAACACCCUUUGACGUAUACAAACGGGGUAAACAACCCGACACAUUUCGAAGAUUGAAAACAUUAUUAAACGGUAAUCCAACACCGGUACGUCUAUUAAAGCAAGGUCAACAUGUCCGUAUCGCACGAAUUAAAAAUAAUGUUUUUGAAAAAUCAAGCUUAAGACGUUGGGUAAAAGAAACCUUUCGUAUUAAAAAGGUGUACAUUUCCGAUCCCGUCACGUAUUCGCUUGAAGAUCUGCGGGGUGAGGAAAUCAGCGGAAUAUUUUAUCGUCGUGAAUUGCAACCGCUAUGA